AGGCACGGUCGGCCAUUUCCAGAUAAGUUCAAACAUACACAUUACUCGAGCAGUACGAAAAAAACAAUUGUACCAAUCGACUCCAAACUAGGUGUUGCACCAUCAGCCAUGAUACCAAAGCGAAAGCCGAAGCAUAACUCACUGUUGCGACGUGCCGCUCGGGCUGCCAGCUUUAUUUUCAGCCUACGCUUGGCCUACGCAGGUCAAAUUCACUCCACUCUAAGGCGCGCAGACAUAUCCACUGCAGCAUGGUGUUUCUCCACAAAGUCCUCCUUUGGGGCUACACUGUGCACUGACAGACAUAGAUACUGUCAGAGCAACAACAACGGCGAGGAGGGAGAAACGCAUUUUUUGUGCGAGGUGAUAUGGAAUCUUCUGGAGGGGAUCUCGAAUGAUAUCUCUGAGAACGCGGGACCACUGGGGGACAGCGACCAGCUUUUAUAUUCUCUGUACGCUUAUGGGCACAAUUCUGAUCGAUUUGGCAGAAUUGUUCUUGCUGUCAAAUGGCAGAAUUUUUAGCAGAACCUGCAGGAGCGUAUCUAUUUGAUCACGGCCAUUGUUGCCAGCAG